GGAGUGCGCCGGCGCGUAGUCGGGGACGCCGGGCCGAGGCUUUGCUAGGGAACUGACUGUUAUCGCCCCGCCCCCUCGGAGGUUUUUGUCCUGUUAACUGUCGGAGUGGCGGGGGUUCUGGCGCCGGGCGACAUGCCGGUGCGCUUCAAGGGGCUGAGUGAAUACCAGAGGAACUUCCUGUGGAAGAAGUCUUAUUUGUCAGAGUCUUGUAAUUCCUCUGUGGGGCGAAAGUACCCAUGGGCUGGACUUAGAUCAGAUCAAUUAGGGAUCACGAAAGAGCCAAGUUUUAUUUCAAAAAGAAGAGUCCCUUACCAUGACCCACAGAUUUCAAAAUCUCUGGAGUGGAAUGGAGCUAUCUCAGAAAGCAAUGUGGUUGGGUCAUCAGAACCAGAAGCCCUGGAAACACCAAAAUCACAAGAAGCAGAACAAAAGGAUGUUACUCAAGAAAGAGUUCACUCACUAGAAGCUUCCAGGGUUCCCAAAAGAACCAGAUCUCACUCUGCAGACUCCAGAGCUGAAGGGGCUUCAGAUGUGGAAAAUAAUGAGGGUGUAACAAACCAUACACCAGUUAAUGAAAAUGUGGAACUGGAACAUUCUACCAAGGUUCUUUCAGAAAAUGUAGAUAAUGGGUUGGAUAGACUUCUGCGUAAGAAAGCUGGAUUGACUGUUGUUCCUUCAUAUAAUGCCUUGAGAAAUUCUGAAUAUCAAAGGCAGUUUGUUUGGAAGACUUCUAAAGAAACUGCUCCAGCUUUUGCAGCCAAUCAGGUUUUCCACAAUAAAAGCCAGUUUGUUCCACCAUUCAAAGGUAACACAAUCAUCCAUGAAACUGAAUACAAAAGAAAUUUCAAGGGUUUAUCUCCAGUGAAAGAACCAAAAUUAAGAAAUGAUUUGAGAGAAAACAGAAAUCUUGAAACAGUAUCUCCUGAAAAGAAGAGUAAUAAAAUAGACGAUUCUUUAAAAUUGGAAGCAGAGAUGGAAUUAAAAGACUUACACCAGCCUAAAAAGAAGCUUACUCCUUGGAAACAUCAAAGGCUUGGGAAGGUGAAUUCUGAAUAUAGAGCAAAAUUUCUGAGCCCAGCUCAGUAUUUAUAUAAAGCUGGGGCUUGGACACGUGUGAAGGGAAACAUGCCAAAUCAGGGUUCUCUAAAUGCCAUGUGGUAUGCCGAGGUUAAAGAACUCCGAGAAAAGGCUGAGUUUUAUAGGAAGCGAGUUCAGGGGACGCAUUUUUCUCGGGACCAUCUGAAUCAGAUUCUAUCUGAUAGCAACUGCUGUUGGGAUGUCUCGUCAACCACAAGCUCAGAAGGAACCAUUAGUAGCAACAUCAGAGCAUUAGAUCUUGCUGGAGAUCCUAUAAACCAUAAGACUUUGCAGAAAUGUCCUUCUACAGAACCAGAAGAAAAAGGAAAUAUCGUGGAAGAACAGCCCCAGAAAAAUAACAUGGAGAAAUUGGGUGUGUCAGCUCCCACCAUACCUGUUAGAAGGCGUCUGGCUUGGGAUACAGAGAACACAAGUGAAGACGUACAGAAACAGCCCAGGGAGAAAGAGGAGGAGGACGAUGAAGAGGAAAGGGACAGGAAAACGGGCAAGCAGGCUUUUAUGGGAGAGCAAGAGAAGUUGGAUGUACAUGAGAAAUCUAAGGCAGAUAAGAUGAAAGAAGGGUCAGAUUCUUCUGUAUCCUCAGAAAAAGGAGGCCGGCUUCCUACUCCCAAGCUGACAGAACUUGGUGGAAUCCAGAGGACUCAUCAUGAUCUCACUACUCCAGCUGUUGGUGGUGCUGUUUUAGUGUCUCCAUCUAAGAUGAAGCCUCCAGCCCCAGAACUGAGGAAAAGAAUGACCUCUCAGGAUUGUUUAGAAACUUCAAAGAAUGAUUUUACUAAGAAAGAAAGUCGUGCUGUAUCCCUACUGACUUCUCCAGCUGCUGGUAUAAAAACAGUUGAUCCUCUGCCUUUGCGGGAAGAUUCUGAAGACAAUAUCCCCAAAUUUGCUGAGGCAACUCUUCCAGUUUCAAAAAUUCCAGAAUACCCAACAAAUCCCCCUGGAAAGUCGACUUCUCCACCACAUGUUCCAUCCUACUGGCAUCCCUCUCGUCGAAUUCAGGGCUCUCUUAGAGAUCCAGAGUUUCAGCACAAUGUGGGAAAAGCAAGGAUGAACAAUUUGCAGUUACCUCAGCAUGAAGCCUUUAAUGAUGAAGAUGAGGACAGAUUGUCUGAGAUUUCUGCUCGCUCUGCAGCUUCUAGUCUCCGGGCUUUUCAAACUCUGGCACGAGCUAAGAAAAGGAAGGAGAAUUUCUGGGGUAAAACGUAAACCUAGUUGAGUUGCCUUUAUCUAAGGAAACAUUGGCAUAAUUUUUCUUUAUUGCAUACUGUGUUAAAAUUUUUUGAGUAUUUGAAUUUUUUCCGAACAUUUUCUACUUUGAAAUAUUUAAUUUCCAAUAGAACAGUUUACUUGGAAAUUUUUAACAUAGGCUUAUACAAAUUUAACUUUUAAAUAAUUCUUUUUACGUCUAUCCCAGAGUACAAAGACCUAGACUAUUGAAUUCUUCACAUGUUGUAACUUUUGUAAUAGGUGUCAUGGAUAGAUUUUCACCUAUCCAGAGAAUAUUCUAAAAAGAUAAAGUGAAGUAAAAGUUAAGAUCCCAGUGUGAAGUAUAUAUUCCCCCAAGAUUUGAUAUAUGUAUCUUUAUAAUUGAUGAUGUUGUAAGAUGAAUUUGUUGUUCCUUUAACCUUUGCUGUAGUGUUUCUUUUUAUUUUAGUUCCUUCUAUACGUGUUUGCAGUGUUAAGAUAAUUGUACUUUGAAAACACCAGCUGUAUAUAUUUUUCUUAUUUAUGUAACAAAGUUUGCUGAAAGAUAUGUAUAUUUUUGAUCUUUGAAUGUAUUCUAUUUGUAUAAGGACUUUGGCUUACAUUUGAAUAAUGUCUAGAUUUUGAAAAAUUACCUGUAUAAUGGAGAAUUAAAACUUUGUAGACAUUUUGAAAUAAAAAUUGAUCAAGUGUG